UGAUAUUAUCGCCGAGGUAUCUUUUUGUAUUUUUCUGCCGGGGAUGGGCCAGAUUGGGAAGGGCGGUACGAGGGUGAGACUUGGCGUUGGUGUUUUGGAACAUCAAAGAUGGACAGGGUUUUCGCGGAGGUCGCUCCUCGGAUAUCUCCACAACUACAGGUCGGGGGUCUUCCAAAAUCGAGAAGAUUGGUGCAUAUGGCUAGGUCACUUCACCUUACAAUUUGUAUGGCACUCUGGCCCGGGGUUGUGGUGUGGUAGGGGAGAACGGGGGAUAAUCCCACACAGGAGCUUCGAACAACGUCCGGUUCAUGUUUGGCUGGAUAACUCCACCACCACACGGGGUAUGCGGUCGGCGAUGGGGUCAAAAUGCUCGUAUGAUCGAGGGCUUUUCGAUGGAUCUAUCGGCGGGUUCUUAUUCGAAAAAUCGAGCGAGUUCGUGGUGGAGCGGUUUGAUAUGGAACUGCAUCACUGA